AUGCGUUCGUUCGCGCUUUUAGGCACCCCCUUCCUUUCUUCCCGUUUCCAGCGUUUCUCUGUGUCUCGCCGGCCAGGGUCGCCGAAGCUCCACUGGGAACGCGACUGGAGUCUUUGUUCCAGUCUUUCGAGCCUCUUCCCUGUGAAGCCUCACCAUGCCGAAGCUGUAGGUUUGUCUCUGGCCGAUGCUCAGAUCGUCGACGGCAAUAUCCUUGAAGGAGACGGAAGGCCCUCCCGCGCCGCCAGCCGUCCCUUGGCCCCCGUUGGACGGGGCGCCGAACGACCAUUUCCCCCCUCGCCCGGUUUCCCACCGGACACAGAGGACGAGGCGAAAGAAGGCGAGGAGCCGAAUAAACCUCCAGAAAGAAAGGCGCUUCCAGAGAAGCCGGAAGUCAUCGGCGGCGGCGUGGAGAGCGACUCGCCGAGGCUCUUCAGAUCCAACUUGGAACUGCCAAAGAGCGAAGAACCACCUGCGCUGGGCUUCGAAUCGAACGUCCCUGUGAAGAAGCUCGCAGUCGACUGUCCCGUCGAGCCGAAACCGCCCCCCUGGGUCGCCCCUGAAAACGGAGACACCCCCGUCCCCGCUUGGAGCCCAAAGCCGGAAAACGGAGACGCGGUCGAGGAGCCAAAAAGUGAAGAGGAAGAAGCGGAAGAAGAGGAAGUGCUGGCCGACGACCCAAGAUUUGUGGAACCUGUAGUGAAGAGAGAACUGGAACCAGGUUGGCUGCUUUGCUCCCCGUCUGCUCCCUUCUUCUCCUUCGAGUCUUCCUUCUCCCCCGCGUCUGCCUUCGAUUCAGCCUGGGCCGAUUCUCCAGUGAGUGGACCGGAAGCCGAGGUCGAGGAAGAUGAAACAGCGCCACUCGCCGGCGACGACUCAGCAGGCAAAGGGACAGCCGACCCUCCGGAGACUGUCCCUGAGCCUGAGAGUGCACCGUCUCCUUUUCCUCCGGACGCUGUGUCUCCUUUCCUCUCCGGGUCAGACGCUGAAACACACGGAUCAGUAGGAUCUGGAGGUAGUGGUGCAGAGGCGGAAGAACCUGACUUAGUAGGAUCUGGAGGCAGUGGCGCGGAGGCGGAAGAAGCUGAUUUAGUAGCAUCUGGAGGCAGUGGCGCAGAGGCUGAAGAAGCUGAUUUAGUAGGAUCUGGAGGUAGUGGCGCGGAGGAUGAAAAAGCUGAUUUAGUAGGAUCUGGAGGUAGUGGUGCAGAGGCGGAAGAACCUGACUUAGUAGGAUCUGGAGGUAGUGGCGCAGAGGCGGAAGAAGCUGAUUUAGUAGGAUCUGGAGGUAGUUGUGCAGAGGCGGAAGAAGCUGAUUUAGUAGGAUCUGGAGGCAGUGGCGCAGAGGCUGAAGAAGCUGAUUUAGUAGGAUCUGGAGGUAGUGGCGCAGAGGCGGAAGAAGCUGAUUUAGUAGGAUCUGGAGGUAGUGGCGCAGAGGCUGAAGAAGCUGAUUUAGUAGGAUCUGGAGGUAGUGGUGCAGAGGCGGAAGAACCUGACUUAGUAGGAUCUGGAGGCAGUGGCGCGGAGGCGGAAGAAGCUGAUUUAGUAGCAUCUGGAGGCAGUGGCGCAGAGGCUGAAGAAGCUGAUUUAGUAGGAUCUGGAGGUAGUGGCGCGGAGGAUGAAAAAGCUGAUUUAGUAGGAUCUGGAGGUAGUGGUGCAGAGGCGGAAGAACCUGACUUAGUAGGAUCUGGAGGUAGUGGCGCAGAGGCGGAAGAAGCUGAUUUAGUAGGAUCUGGAGGUAGUUGUGCAGAGGCGGAAGAAGCUGAUUUAGUAGGAUCUGGAGGCAGUGGCGCAGAGGCUGAAGAAGCUGAUUUAGUAGGAUCUGGAGGUAGUGGCGCAGAGGCGGAAGAAGCUGAUUUAGUAGGAUCUGGAGGUAGUGGCGCAGAGGCGGAAGAAGCUGAUUUAGUAGGAUCUGGAGGUAGUGGCGCGGAGGCGGAAGAAGCUGAUUUAGUAGGAUCUGGAGGCAGUGGCGCGGAGGCGGAAGAAGCUGAUUUAGUAGGAUCUGGAGGCAGUGGCGCAGAGGCUGAAGAAGCUGAUUUAGUAGGAUCUGGAGGUAGUGGCGCGGAGGAUGAAAAAGCUGAUUUAGUAGGAUCUGGAGGUAGUAGCGCGGAGGAUGAAAAAGCUGAUUUAGUAGGAUCUGGAGGUAGUGGCGCAGAGGCGGAAGAAGCUGAUUUAGUAGGAUCUGGAGGUAGUUGUGCAGAGGCGGAAGAAGCUGAUUUAGUAGGAUCUGGAGGCAGUGGCGCAGAGGCUGAAGACGCUGAUUUAGUAGGAUCUGGAGGUAGUGGCGCAGAGGCUGAAGAAGCUGAUUUAGUAGGAUCUGGAGGUAGUGGCGCAGAGGCGGAAGAAGCUGAUUUAGUAGGAUCUGGAGGUAGUGGCGCGGAGGCGGAAGAAGCUGAUUUAGUAGCAUCUGGAGGCAGUGGCGCAGAGGCUGAAGAAGCUGAUUUAGUAGGAUCUGGAGGUAGUGGCGCGGAGGAUGAAAAAGCUGAUUUAGUAGGAUCUGGAGGUAGUGGUGCAGAGGCGGAAGAACCUGACUUAGUAGGAUCUGGAGGUAGUGGCGCAGAGGCGGAAGAAGCUGAUUUAGUAGGAUCUGGAGGUAGUUGUGCAGAGGCGGAAGAAGCUGAUUUAGUAGGAUCUGGAGGCAGUGGCGCAGAGGCUGAAGAAGCUGAUUUAGUAGGAUCUGGAGGUAGUGGCGCAGAGGCGGAAGAAGCUGAUUUAGUAGGAUCUGGAAAUAGUGGUGGAAAUUUUGAUGCGGGUGGCAGCGAAAAAAGACCGGCUGCUAAGCCCGACGACUGA